AUGGCACGUCAAGUGAUUGUUCUUGCUCUCAUUUUCCUUGUGGCUGCUGGUUUUGUAGCAGCUCAAGAUGAUGGAACUCCUAGUACCUCCCCCACCGUCUCGCCUACGCCGCAAUCCCCGCCUACCACUCCAUCAUCUUCACCUGCAGCCCCCGUCCCCGUCUCUCCUCCUCCUACCUCCACCCCUGCUCCCACUAACCCCCCAACGCAGGCACCUAGGUCUGCCCCUGCCCCUCCCACCCCACCUACUACAACACCCGUCUCCCCUCCUCCCAGUGAUGAUGAUGAUGACGACGUUACCCCUGCUGCUUCCCCCGCUGACGACGAUGUCUCAUCUCCCCCCGCCCCUGGGAGCGUGGCAACCCCAGUAGGUGGCCCCGCCGAAGGACCUGCAUCUGAUGAUGGGGCCCCAGCUCCUGCAACCACCACCACAGACAGCGGCGCCACUGCUCUUAAGGCCUCCGUUGCUGUCGGAGCUACCAUCGUUGCUGGCUUCUUCGCCUUUUAA